AUGAAUAAAGUAGAAGAAAAGGAAUCCUUGAAAAAAGUCGAUGAGUCUCAACAAAGGACUAACCAUAGCUCAGCUCUUGGUUCUAUACCUUUAUUACAGUCUUCUGAAAGAGCACAAGCUGCUCCUGUCACCGUUAGUCCAAUCACAACAUCAGCUGAAAUAUCACUUUCCUCAUCGCCAUGUACUAAAUUGAAGAGUGUCCCUAUUCCACAACCAUUGAUAUUAAAGAGACGUGCUAGCAGAUCGUCAUUCUCUUCUACUGACGAACCGGGAGACCAAUCGAAAAAUGUCACUCCAGUUCAACAAAGCUUUAUUGAAAAUAAUAAUACCACCAAUUGUUCGACUUCACCUACCAAUUCUAUACUUUCUACCUCAGGAGAUAUACAUCGAAGAUCAUUUUUGGCAGAUAUUGAAUACAGUAGUAGUCCUGGAAGCGAACACGAUACCCUUCAUUCACACAUCACUCGCUCCCCUCCUCCCACAUCCAUGUCCUUCUCGCCAAGGUUUUCUAGCCCUCCAGCUGGUAGUGGGGGCAAAUACAUGGUAAGAUCAAAGAGAGCGAGCUGGAUAGAUGCUUCAUCUUCUAUCGUCCAACAUGACUCAAUGCCUAAUACCCCAGCUAUUCAACCAACGAAACCAUUGAUUCCACCAUUGAGUUUUACACAGAAACAGUUGAAUACACAUCCAUCAUCCGCCCCUAUAGCCGCAACAUCAACACCACCUCCGCAUCCACCAGAAUCUUGUUCAUUAAAAUCCGGCUCUCUAUCCAAGCUAAGAGAAGAUAGGCAGCUGUUACAGCAUUCAAGACAAGAAGGUUCAUCAGUCGAAACACCUCCAUCAGCCUCUUCUUCAACCACUGACAGUUCACUCAUAUUUAAUAAGAAAAAGCUAUCAGUAGAUACUGAAUUGGAAGAAUUAGCAUAUGGCAUUGACAGCAACAUGCAAGUGUCUCCUGUCAAAAAAUCAACUCAUGAACGUAAGCCAUCCAUCUCAUCCAUCAUCACAGACUCUACGCUUACAAGCGAAGAUUGUCAUUCGCCAGCUCCAUCACCUCGUAAGGACAUGAAUGCAUAUAUACAAUCAGAUUUUUCAUCCAUUAAAAUAGAUCGAAUGAAAGCUCCUAGUAGCCAUGGUCCACGAUCGACUUCUGUAUCUCCAUCUACCACCAAUGUCUUCAUUUCCCAUUCAACUCCUCAUACACCCUAUGCGCCCAUGACAACUAAAUCAAAACGUCGAUCCUCCAUGAGCAUGCUGCGAAAUAUUCCUAGUUCUGAACUUGCAGAUAUAGUCAGUGGCAAUUCUCCGAAUCCAAUUUUAGAAACACCUCCUAGCGACUUUAUCAGUAAUGUACAGCACCCGCUAUCUAUCGUCGACCCACCUCAGGAUGAAAAUCUUCCAGACCCGCCCAUCUAUGCAUUGCCUACGUCUGAAAGUGCUUAUCAGCAUUCACUUCAGUCUCUUUUACGAAAACAGCUUACUGGCAAAAGAAGGUCAAUUAGGGAUCGUCGCUCUUUACCAAAUAUAGAUAGUCGACAUCAAGAGGCAGAUAAGGAUGUGAUCGAAAUGGAUUUGGAUGCAGACGUACAAUCCAAUCACGAAGGUAGUAUGCAGUUUACUGAACAUCAAGCACAGGAUUCUCCUGUCUAUCCAUCUAUGCUCUUAAACGAAGCAUAUGCUAAACAAGAUGCACAUCUUCAAGAACAGCUCAUUAUACCACCUACUCCAAGCAUUACUACAACUCGUACUUCAGCACCCGACGUUGCCUAUUGGAACGAAGAAGAUUAUUUUACAAGCAACAGGAUACCAUCUAGUCCUUGUUCGAGAACAAUUAUAAAGCAUGAUAAAGGCACACGACCGGCUCAUUUACGAUCCAUGCUAACCUCAUCUUCAUUUAACGAAUUUGAUAAUCCAGUCAUUGGCUCUGACGAAGAUUAUGCUAAAAAGUUAUUCAUGUCACGUUCUGCAAAGAUCAGAAAAUGGUGCAGCGUACGUGUUCAAGGGCUGGAGGAUAAACUGCAUAUGCAAUCUGGUCACCGUCGAACCAACAGCACAGGAAGUACGAGCAGCAUGCCAGCACAGAACAGACGCUACUCAUCAGCAAAGCUUAAGCGUUUCACUCAAGAUGAUUCUCACAUGCCUACAAUCACAGUGACAACGGCUGAUGAUAUACUGAACCGAGAUAAGGAGGUAGAUUGUCAUCGACUUGUAAGCAAUAUCCCUUGGGUUGACUGGUUGGAAGAGUACAACAUUAUUAAAGCACAGGAGAUUCGACGUAGGUCAUCAGUACAGCAAGAAAGUAUAGACACCUCACAACUCCCGUCAUCAUCAGCAUCAUCUAUUGCUAGCCCUAGUCACCAUGACUCUGUAGUGAAUCGAGUAUUAUCAAACUGGUGGAAUACGGUUAAAACAGGUGCUGAGCAUUAUUCGAAAUCAAGGAAUCAGAAGCAAUGGGCAAAGAGCCUUGCAUUACCUCUGCAUAAGAGCGCAGAAGAAGAAAAAGAGCAACCCGCUAGAAAAGAUCUUCAAUCGCCAGAAGCUCCACUUCCUGUAUGCAAGACAUUAGAAUCAUCGAAACAAGCACAAGGACCAGACGAUAACAAAACGCACAUCUCUUCAAAUAGAAGCUCGCGUAACCUAUCUCUGAACCUACAAGAUUUACAGCAUCCAUUGGAAGGAGAGGUAAAGCCGUUGGGUAUGGAUUCUUCUGCAGAGACGACAACCAAAGAACAAACCGAUAUUGACAUGAUAUCACCCCUUUCCAUACACCCUGAGAGCGUCACACAGUCUUCUGGUUCCGGUAGCCCUCACUCGUUUGCAAGAAAGGUCAAGACACCAAAGAAUCCAGUGACUCAGACAAGCUUAGCAAAACGAGUUGGAUACAGAUUCUUCAAUCCUGGAAACAGAAUGGGUACGUUUGGUCACCUUAGUCAUAUGCUAAGUUCGAUACACCAUCACGACGAUUCGGAUCUAAAUAUUAUGGUCCAGGUGCAACAAUCGAUCAAGUCCAGGCUUCAAUUUGCUAAAGAGGCAUGUAAUGCCGAACUGCGACAGAUUAUUGAUGGACUGAAUGAAUACGUCGAGCGAGGGUUGCAAUAUGUUGAAAAUAUGGAUGAGAUUUUAGAAAAAGGGGUUCGUUCGGUCGAUAGCAUUGACACAGACGAAGAGGAACCAAUGGCUGAACACACGCUAGCUGAAGCUUCUACGGUAGAGGCAUUCAAAUCACCCUUACCAAGUGUUGUGGAACUCGACGAAGUUUCGUCACCCGGAAUUCCUUCCAGAGACCAUUCGGCAUCUUCUAUUAACAGCUUGCCACAUAAGAGGAGCCUCUCGUCUGCACUUGAAGGACAAUCCACACCUCCAGAGGGUCCCCCGUCUCAUAAACAAUUUGAUAAUUCUGCUCAAACUGUACAAGAGGCUGUGAUGAAAAAAGUAAACGACCACUUGAGCUCACCCAGUGCAAACCAAAUGGUGACCUUUAUCUCUGAAGAUUCUUAUUUACCUACACCAUUUAUGCUGACGUUACAAGACUUGAUUACUCUGGCACAAAGCGUGAUGGACACAUCGCUAGAUGAGAUACUUGAAACAAGCGGUGCAUGUGCGGAAGCUGUGUCUAAGCUUCAGGCCAUUGGCUUUCGAUGGGAUACACACCCAGAGUGGCCCUGUCGAGAAUGGUACGUACGAUUGUUACUCAGCAUUGCUGCACUUAAUCGCGUUGUCGAGUGGUGGGCUGCUGAGAGAGGAUUCUGGUCAGCAACUGGUACGAUGACAACAGCAUCUUCGGUUCCUCCAAGCGAUACAGAGACAGAUGAUGUGGAAUCUGUGAGUAAUCUGUCAAAGAUGGACGACGCAGAGGAUAAUGAUAUGUCUAUUGACGAACAACAGCAGGUUGUAAAGAAUCAUGAAAAGGAUAUUACUAAGGAUGAGACAUUGGACGAUAUGCAGCUUCAAGCAGAGGCCGAAAGAAGUCAAAGCUCUACUAUUAUUGUUGAAUUAAGUUUGGGUAAUACCUCCAUUCAAUAUGUCAGUCCAGUCUGGAUGGAUGUUGUCGGAACUGAUCCUCAGAUGGUUAUUGGCAAAAGUAUUACUGAACUAUUGUCAGCAGAGGAUAAACAGGUAUUUGGCGUAGCAACUCAAGAGCUACUGACGGAUGACUCUCAUACGAUCGAAGUGCGCUUCAACGUUGUUGCCUCUGAUAGCUCAUACAUUGAGAUGGAAGGUAAAGGUAUGCUCAUGUACAACAGAGUGACCAGUGAACCAAGUCAUACCAUGUGGGUCAUGAAGCCAGUUAUACCUCGUCGCUGGUCACUAGCUGAUAUCUCCUUUACGCCACAUACUCUUGAAAAGCACCUUUUGUUAGGUUCUUCCUCUGCCAAGGAGAAAGAAGUAGCUACUGAUGCUAAUUUCACGCCGGAUGAGACAGUAAGCGACCAGAUUGAUGUAGAGGAACAAAAAGCAAUGAUGAGAAGUCGAUCAAAAUCAGAGCCGUUUAUUCAUAUGCCUCAGGAAUUACAAGGCUCUGGAGAAGAUACCUUGAUGGAGCCACAUGAUCAAGACCAAGGCGUAUCGCUUUCUAAACUCUUGACCCUGCCGCCUGUUCUUUGUCGUGUUUGUGAAAGAUGGGUCGUAGCUGCGUUCUUUGAGCAGCAUUCUGAACUUUGCGUAGAAAUUCAUCAGAGUGAGAUGGACGUGAACGCUUGUAACGAUGGUAUUUUGGAACUCAAGCAUGUCAUCAACGAAAGAAUUGAGCAAGCAAAAAUGGAGCUUGAAACACUAAAGAAAGGAGAUACGCCUAAUAUCGAGCAACAACAUCAAGCAGAAUCCGACGACGAAGACAGCGAUUCGAUCUUUGGCGACUUUUUACCGCUUGAUGAAGCAAUUGACCCACAAGAGUUGAAAAUGGCUGAACUUGAUAUAUAUAAGGAUUUGUUAGAUAUACUCGAGAUUGCUCUCAGUAUAUCCAUGCCCGGCUCAGCUGAUGAUAUGAUUGAAGAGGAAGGGACGAUGAACGAGGGUGAAAGAAACUUACAGUCCCCGAGAUCCAAAGAUAAAAUGGUUCAGAUCCUCUAUUGGCGUCCGCCAACUACCAACGACCCUACUUUAUCUGUUCUCGUCAAGGAUGCCGAAGAUUUGGCAAAGAGCAAAGUGGAUGCUGUCAAUCGUAUGCGUGAUCGACUAGAAUAUAACUUGCGUGCAAGAGCAGAGUUCCAAAAGAAUACACAGCAGCAACCUAACUGGACAGAAUUUGUCCCAGGUUCAACCGAAGAGCAUAAGUCGGGUGAAAGUCUAAGUGAGACCAGGCUUGAAUCUCAUAAACAGCAAGAAGUGGAAGAGAAAAAGGGAAGUGAGAAGGAACAGAACAUGCUCGGUAAAAGAGGAUUAUUUGAUCGUAUCAAGUCCUGGAGACGGCGACGAUCCUCUGGAGUGAUCGAGCGUCUAUCACGGCGACUCAAAUCUCUAACGCCCGAUGCAACAAGCACUCCUAUUGUCGAAAUGGAAACUAUUGAAACGCCUAUUGGUUCACCUGCUCUUCGUCCAAAGAAUACAACUGUCAACAGUAAAGGGCACCUUUCGUCUGGCUCCAACACGCCCAACAGCAACCAGUCAGGCGUCGUGCCAGGAAAGUCACCGUUGUCACCACUCCAUGCACCGGUUGUUUCUCGACCGACAUUCCCUAGUAUCAAGGACUUUGACAUUAUUAAACCCAUCAGUAAAGGCGCUUUUGGUUCAGUCUUCUUGGCCAAAAAGCGAACUACAGGUGAUUACUACGCUAUUAAAUUUUUAAAGAAAUCAGACAUGAUCGCCAAGAAUCAAGUAACAAACGUGAAGGCUGAAAGAAUGAUACUGAUGUCACAGACAGACAGUCCCUUUGUCACAAAACUGUACUAUACAUUUCAAUCCAAAGACUACCUCUACCUCGUGCUAGAAUACCUAAACGGCGGUGAUUGUUCAGCUCUUAUAAAGGCACUCGGCAGUUUACCCGAAGAUUGGGCUCGUAAUUAUUUGGCUGAAGUCACACUCGGCUUGGAAUAUCUACAGAGCAAGAAUAUUAUUCAUCGUGAUUUAAAGCCUGAUAAUUUACUCAUUGAUCAAAAUGGUCAUCUCAAGUUGACGGAUUUUGGUCUAUCAAGAAUUGGUUUUCUCGAUCGUCGGGUGAGAGAUGAACUGACAACGACAUCCUAUCAUGACCGUGAGCAGCCUACGUCUCCUGCACCAUCUCGUUCGGGAACGCCUCCUCAGUCACCAGCAGAACAACCUACAACACCAACAGGCACAGUUUACAAGCAUUCUUAUUUUAGCUUAUUGUUCGACCAGGGUCACCCUAGUUCUGGAACGAGUACUCCUUCUGCGAUCAAUUCGACAGCUAAUGAAAAUAUUCUGAACCAAGCCUCUCCUGAAUCGCGCAACCAUCGUCGGCAUCUGUCAUCCGCACUAUCAGAAUCCUUGACCUCAUCUAAUCUUAAGAAAUCUGAGAAAGGAAGCAAAGAAAGGACUAGUGCCAUACCACGCCAAGCUGUUGGUACUCCUGACUACUUGGCUCCAGAAAGUAUCCUGGGUACAGGUCAAGACUCUAUGGUAGAUUGGUGGGCUCUUGGUGUCAUUUGUUAUGAGUUUUUGUAUGGUAUUCCACCCUUCCAUGCUGAAACACCAGACAAAGUGUUUGAGAAUAUACUUUCACGACGUAUUGACUGGCAUGAAGACAUGAUUGAAAUAUCAUCUGAAGCAAGAGAUUUUAUGGAACGUCUAAUGACGCUAGAUCCGACCAAACGGCUAGGAUAUCAUGGAGCCGAAGAGGUCAAACAACAUCCGUUCUUCAAAAGCAUCAAUUGGGAUACACUCUUAACUGAGUCCCCUUCGUUCAUCCCACAACCUGCUGGUAUGGAAGACACUGAUUACUUUGAUGCUCGUGGAGCGACAAUGAAUAUACCAAUUGAAGCUACUUCAGAUGAACAACUAGAUGAAUCGGCCAAGGCUCAGGUUGAGCGUGCAAAAGCCAUUAUUCGAGAACAAAAUCCUGAAAAUGUGAUACCCCUCGCUGACAAGCACGGCAAGACAGCCUACGCAAAGAAAAGUAAAAAGGAAAGCACAGACGGCAAUGACUCUGACAAUACCGAUUUUGGAACAUUUAUGUAUAAGAAUUUACCAGUUUUGGAAAAGGCAAAUGAAGAUAUGAUUCGAAAGAUUAGGAACGAUAGCAUAUCCAUAAACAGUGAUUCAGCUGGGUCGCUUCCUUCUAAACGCAAAUUUUCUCCUAGUAGAAACAAGAACGCUAGUCCACUGAAUGACAGCUGUUCAGUGCAACAAACAGGUACAUCUUCCUUUACUUCUUCUAUCGUUGCCACCCCACUGUCUGUGUCGCCAUCGAAUUCAUCCAAGGCUCCAGGCGUGUCUGCUCGGCGUGGCGAUUUUACUGCGCCUCAUAUACCCACAAAGAUGUCAGAAAAGAGCACCAAGAAUACCCCUCAUCAUCAGAGAACACGGUCUGCUUCCACCCCUUCCAUUGACCAUAGUAAAACGACUGUAUCCGUAAGCAAUAGCUCCCCUGGACCUCGAACAAGCCAGAAGCAUGAUCAUCAUCUUCGUCAUUCCGCUCAAGAAGACAGUCAUUCACCUUUGGGAAGAGCAGACAUAAAGCCCUCUGUCAACAGUAGUAGCAAUUCACUUACGAAACCAAAGUCAGAACCUGCAACAAGAAGUAGACCUCUUGCCUGUCUUAUAGCUGACGAUAACCCUAUCAGCUGUAAGAUCAUCGAGACUAUCCUUCAGACUCUUCAUUGCCGAUGCGUGAUUGUUCGAAAUGGAGCACAAGCUAUUCGAACUGCAAUGAGUGAUGUUCGAUAUGACAUCAUCUUUAUGGAUAUUCGUAUGCCCAUUAUUGAUGGCGAAACGGCGGCAAGAAUGAUAAAAUCAACGAAUAACAAUAACAGAGAUACCCCCAUUAUUGCAGUUACAGCUUAUGAACGAACUGUACAGCUUGCAGGUGCCUUUGAUGAUAUCCUCAGUAAACCUGUGACAAAGGAUGUGAUAUCACAGCGGUUAAAGCAAUUCGUCAAACAUAAUCAUGAAGCACCUUUAUUAACUCAUCCUUUAAAGACACCCAUUUGA